AUGGCCAUGAAUCAAAUAAAAGGCCAUAAUAUCUAUAUUGGAGGUAUUUUCAGUCUCAAAAACCAAGCAGCAUUGACACGUGCAGACAUCUCGCAUGUUCUGUCCGUGUUACAUUUGAAUGAAGCCGAAAAACAAGAGACAUUUGAGCCAUAUCAGCAUCUUUCCAUAGGAGUCGAUGAUGUCGACGAUGAAAAUUUAUUGGAACAUUUUCCUGCCGCUAUCAAGUUCAUUCAGUCCGGUCUAGACAGCGGUAGAGGUGUACUUGUGCACUGUGCAAUGGGGAAGUCCCGCUCCGCAACCAUUUGCAUCGCCUACUUGCUCCACCGACAGCCGGGGGCCCUCACACCGCAAUCUGCCCUUGCCCUGGUCCGCGAAAGCCGGCCACUUUGUGAGCCCAACGAUGGCUUUAUGCAACAGCUUGAAGUAUACCAUGAAAUGGGGUGUCCAGAUGAUGUCACUGAUCACCCAGCAUACAAGCGCUGGCUGUAUCGCCGCGAGGUCGAAGAAAGUGUGGCCUGUGGCCGUGCCCCAGAGCUGAAGUCGGUUCGAUUUGAAGACGAACAACCUAUGCGUUCUCAAGAAAACACUGGUCAAACGGUCGAGAUCAAGUGUCGCAAAUGCAGAUUCAAAUUGGCAACUAGCGCAUUCAUCGUCCCGCAUGAAGAAGAGAAAAAAGACACUGCCAAGACCUCUGCGACCGCCGAGUGCGGCCAUGUAUUCCUUCACCCCCUAAAAUGGAUGCGCUCAAGUCUCUUCCCAUCUGAGGACGCCGAGGCUGACGCGGAUGCAAUCUACGGAGCGCAUCCCGACGACGCUCCUCUCUCCGGGCGACUUACUUGCCCCAAUCCUGUGUGCGGGUCCAAUGUCGGCAAGUUCGCGUGGCAAGGCCUUCGAUGCAGCUGUGGUGGUUGGGUCGUACCCGCCAUCGGUCUGACCAAAGCCCGAGUCGAUAUCGCAAACCAAGUCAAUGUGUCUCGGGGACCAAGGGCUAAUCCUGCUAUCCGCCUCCCUCCGGGCAUGCGGGCUCCGGAAGUUGCCCAUGACUCUGGACGUGGUAAUCUUUGA